UACUGUAACCAGAUGCGUAGGCAACGCCAGAUGUUCGUUUGUUUUUUUUCACCCUAAUCUAAUUCUAAUGCUAAGUAACUUAUGUAUCAUUUUGCAUUCUCAUUUAUUCAUCAGGCUCAAUUUUGCUCUUUUAUCUGCCUGUUCCACUGUUGUGAGUAUUGAUCAAUGUAAUCUUCAAGCCCCUGUAUCAGUUUUUAACGCAUCGUGAAUCCGACAGUAGUAAUUCUGUGUCCAUAAUUUCUCCGGACGUUUCUUGUCAUCGUAGCCAGAAAUGCCAAGAAUCCAUCCCUAUUCAUCGAUAACGCGGCACAAUGUAGAUAAGUUUUCGGCCGACACACAUAUAAAUGUUUAGUACAGUCCAGCAGUGGUCUACUGUACUUUAUUGAAGUAAACUUUAUGUAACAAGUUAAUUCUCUGCUCGCGGUGUAGAAUCUGAGCAUCCUCAUAAUGACGACCGCCGCGUAUCUGGAGCAGUAUCUAGACACCCUAGAAAACCUGCCAGUUGAACUUCAAAGAAAUUUUACUCUCAUGCGAGAACUGGACUCCAGGGUUCAAGCUGUUAUGCAAAAAAUUGACGAGUCAGGUGAUGACUUUCUCAAGAACAUCAAACUUCUCUCCUCCGAAGAACGGCAAGAUCGUAUGAAGAAAAUCCAAGAAAUGUUCAACAAAGUAAAAGCCCUAGGAGAUGAUAAAGUUCAGUUGUCUAUUCAAACAUACGAGUUGGUUGAUAAACACAUUAGGAGAUUAGAUUCUGAUCUGGCUCGAUUUGAAUCUGAGAUUCAAGAUAAAGCUAAUCACACAAGGAAUCAGAUGGAAGAAAAUGAACCUGUGAAACGUGGCCGGAAGAAGCUAAAAGAGAAGGAACCCAAGAAGAAAAGCCGAGCUGCAGGCACAAGUAGUGAGGAUGAAAAUAAUAAAGGAACGAAGAAGAAACAAAAGAAAAGCGGAGCAGCAGGUGGUACUGGACCUGGUAAAAAUGCAGCCAACUCUACUUCAGGUGGUCUGCCUGUUGAAUCAACUCUAGCCUCUGUCCUCCCUGGUCUAGUGGGAGUUGUUCACCCAACAGAUGUCUUAGACAUGCCGGUUGACCCUAAUGAACCAACUUAUUGUCUCUGUCAUCAAGUAUCAUACGGUGAAAUGAUUGGCUGUGACAACCCUGAUUGUCCAAUUGAAUGGUUCCAUUUUGCGUGUGUUGGUCUCACCACUAAACCAAAAGGCAAAUGGUUUUGUCCAAAAUGUACAGCGGAUCGCAAAAAAAAAUGAGAUUUUUAACUUCAGAUCAUCAAGUUCACAAUAUCUACCUUCAGGGAGUCUUUGCCAUCAUAGGAUAGGAUCAUUUUUGAAAAUAGGCACAUAUUGCCUGAUGAAUCCUUGUGAAACUUGAAUUAUUUAAGGCAAUCAACAUAUGAUCUCUUCGCUCUUACUUUAGCUUUUUACUCUUCGGGAAAAUUUUUCUGCUUGUCUGUUAUGAUUAAUCAUCAAUUCUUGGUAGGUUUCUACCAGAUUCUAAGUAGCACUGUACAGUAUUUUUUUAAUUUUAUCGUAGCUCUCUUUAAAUGUUUAUUUUUUUAUUGUUAGUUCACACCUUCAACUGUACCAAAUUGAGCCAAAUCUACAGAUAAUAGACUUAGGCUACUGGCGGAAAGAAUAGAAACUAUUCACACAAUAACGAUCAAAAUUAACAUGGAUGUACAUGUAGUGCAUCAAAACAUUUAGCUGGAUUUUUGAAGUUAAGUUUUUUGACAAACUUAUAGUGUGCUAACCUCAGUUUCCCUUAAUCACGUUGUGAAAGUUAUAUUGGUCUCAGAGCCAAAUUUGACUAGAUCAAUCCACAAAGUCAGUCAUUGCACAUUGUCCCCCGACUUGUCCAUUGAGUUUUAAUGUCAACAUUAGGUGCAUUCAUGAGAGACAAUGAGCCUUAAUGGAAAUUAACCUGUGACUGUCAUGGGGGUUCAAUGCUCAACGCAAAAGCGCAGCACCUUUUGCGACUGGUGAGUGGAACAUUGUGCAAUGAGGUGGUAAACAGAGUCACGUGACAGUGGUUAGACUUCAGUUGGACAAUGGGGAACAUUGUAGAUAAUUCACCUAGAUUAUCUCCGUUGUCUAUCAUGAAUACAGCUAUUACCAACAGUUAAUUGAAAGAUUUCCAAUUCAAUGAAUUUCUUUAUGGAAGGAGAUGGGACAAACAAAUUGUUCUCUUGGUCAGUUUUAAACCACCUCAGGUCUUACUUGUGGCAAAGUUUUUAGGUUUAACGGCAUUUAAAGCAAACACGUACUUUUAAUUUCAUUUGGAAAACAAGUUUUACUCAUAGAUGCGAAGUCACAUAUUUUGAACAUUAUACCAAUCAACUGGCAUUAUUCAGUCAUUAAAAAGCAGCAUGUCAAAUGUUAAUAAUUGAAGAUUAUUAUUACAACUUCAAAAUUAGCAAAAGAGCAUACUUACAGGAAGUUCAUACUUGUAGCAUUUCUCAAUAAGUUUACAAACGAUUGACUAGAGAUUUGAUGUGUAACAAUGGAUACAUGGAAUUUUAGUUAGUUUAAAUAACUCUGAAUUAUAUGCUUUUUGCUAACUUCCUCCUUUAAGAUCCCCAAAGUAAUAAAGCUAACUUUGAAUUAACCAUAUCGCUUGAUUUUUCUUCCUCUUUUUCCAUGCGGGAAUCAAGUUUAUGGUUCGUCCAUCAGUGACUUUGGAGUUGUCCUACAAGUUGAGACACUUUAUGUUUUGCUGCUGAUCAUGCACCAUAAUUUUAUUUUGUUAACAAUUUAUUGAAAAAUUGAUUUAUCGAAAGGUCUUUCGAUGUAUCUUCUUCCCUCUCUCAUUGGUUUACAUAUAUCAAUCUUUUGAUUUCAGAUUUAUCUAUUUUGUACGCAUCUGUUCCCAAUAGAUACAUUUUAAUAAAUGAAUUUCUCCAGUA